UAUUCAGGGGAUGGAAGUGUUGAGAAACCACUGAUCAGCUGAUUGCUAAGCAGACGGGUUGUGUGGUCUUUGUACCAAGACUAAAGGAAACAUCCCAGCUCUGUUGACACUAACCUCUGGACACCAUCAAGUCAACAGCAGUGAAGGGUCUAUGCUGCAGAAAUCUCUAAAACGACAAAAUGGAUUCAUAUUAUGAGUAUGAUGAAGACUAUACCUACAGUGAUGACGGCAAUCACACUGUUAUACUGGAGCCUGUUUUUCAGCACCAAUCAAUGUGCUUAAAGGAAGUUUUGUGUGUGUUUUUACUUGUGGUCAGUGUGAUCAUUUUUCUGCUGGGCUUCUGCGGAAACGCUCUGGUCAUCUGGAUUUCUGGCUUAAAGAUGAAGAGGACGGUCAACACCACCUGGUACCUGAGCCUUGCCAUCUCUGACUUCGUAUUCUGCACCUUCCUCCCGUUCAGCAUCACCAACAUGGCGAUGGAGGAAUGGAUCUUUGGCAGCUUCAUGUGCAAAUUUGCCCCCUCGGUUAUGUUCCUCAACAUGUUCAGCAGCAUCUUCCUCCUGGUCGUCAUCAGCGUCGACCGCUGCGUGUCAGUCGUGUUUCCAGUUUGGGCCCAGAACCAUCGAACAGUUAAUAAGGCGUCCAUUGUUGUUUCCUUCUCCUGGCUUCUCGCCAUCGCACUGAGCUUUCCCUCUGUCAUCUUUCGACAAGUUGGCAGUCACAUGGGAAAGACCAUUUGCUACAAUAAUUAUACGUUAAGCCAGCAUAGUCACACGAUAGUUGCAGUAAGCCGCUUCUUUGCAGGGUUUGUAGUCCCUUUUAUCGUCAUCAUCGUCUGCUACUCUAUCAUCAUCCUGAAACUUCGAACCAACAGGAUGACCAAAUCCACCAAACCCUUCAAAGUCAUGUCUGCCCUUGUCGCUGCUUUCUUCAUCUGCUGGCUGCCCUACCACCUGUUCGUCCUACUUGAGCUCAACCAGAAAAACUUCGACCACAGCAUUUUAAUUGCCGGACUCAAAGUAGGAACUUCUUUUGCGGCAGCGAACAGCUUUCUCAACCCAGUGUUAUAUGUGUUCAUGGGCAAUGACUUCAAGCAGAAGUUCAAGAGCUCCGUGCUCUCAAAGAUGGAGAACGCGAUGGCCGAGGACGGCCGCACCACCAGCCGAUACUUGUCCAGGUCCAGCUCUAUGGACGGCAGAGCAUCUACGCACAUCUAGAGACGUAAAUCCAAAACUGGUUUCCUCAGGGUACUCAUGUGACAACAAAAAUGCUGUUUUCAAAUACGAUAUAUGAAAUAUAUAUAGCUUCACAGUGCUAAUGAGCAUUUCUUUUUUUACUUUUCUACUGUUGCCAGCAUGGAGAACGCUGUUGACAAUUCUGGCUCACACACACACACACACACACACACACACACACGCACACACACGCACACACACACACACACACACAUAAUGUAGUAAUCUGCAAGCUUAAGCCAAUAUCUAAACAUUGUGAAUUGCAGGGUGGGAAACAUCAAUCUCAUCCAGCAGAGAGAAGGUUUUCUGAGCUGUAUUUGUAGAUGUUCUGGGGUUUUAUUUACUGACACCACAGUAUGCAACUAUUUUUGUGUAGCAGCAUUUAUGUAUGUUGUUGUGUGUCAGACGGACCCAAAUACAGUGUGCUAAUGGAUGAACUGCUGUUGAGAUAUGUGCAGUUAGUUAGUUCUCCUGAAUCAUAGAAAUGCCACACACCCAGCUGUUAUUAACAGUUGACAUAAACUGUGUUGAAAUUUUUAUAUUUCAUGUAUGAAGCUCUACAGCGAAUGUCACUUUAUGCAAAUAACAUUUCUGUUUUCUGAAAUAAAGCUAUAACUAUCAAAUGAA